AUGGAUUCCACCCGCUAUCCAGAUGGGGUUCCUUUGGAUGAGGAAAUGCAGGAAGAGUCGGCAUAUCCGGAUCCCCCACAGCAUGAUUCAAGUAAUCCAUCUUUUGAUGUUGGGAACAUCCUUCAAUCCGUGCUUGAUCCUCGCUUGUUUGGGGAACAAGCUCACCCACAAAGCAUCAAUCAUUAUCCUGAGCCUUCCCACGAAAGCGAAGGCGACAUCAAUGAUGAGAACGAAAAUGAAGAAGCAAAUGACCUGUACCCGGAGGAUGACGAUGACUACGGGUACCCUCACUCAUCAUAUCCCCCCAUACCGGGCGGCGAAGCCUCCUCAGAUGAGUCCUUUGUCAUGUCUGCCGAUGAAAGCGAGAGCGAGGACGAUUCAGAUGCCGAACUUGCAGAGGAUGAUAACGAGUAUGAUUCAUCCGCAAGCAGGCGUCGCCGUCGUGGGGGUGGACGCUUUUCGGGGAGAUGGGGCGCACGAGGUGGGAAGGGCAUCAAACGAGGACCCCGUAAACCAAUAGAGCCCAGUCCCGAAUUCAAACUGCUCCAUUCGGAGGCUACGUCUGCUUUCAUUGAUGGGGAUUACGACCGGGCCGUCACUCUGGUAAUGAAAGCCAUUCAGAUUAACCCCGAGAUGUUUGCUGCCCAUUCUUUGCUCUCGGAGAUCUUCCUCGCACAAGGGGAAGACGACAAAGCCUUGAGAGCUCUAUUCAACGGAGCUCAUACCAGGCCGAAAGACCCCAGUGUCUGGAUGAAAGUCGCUCGGCUCAUCUUAGACCGCGCUGGAGAGAAUCGACAGUCUGCAUUGCACGAUAUAGGCUAUUGUUACACUCGCAUCCUGGAAGUCGAUCCCAAGAACCACAACGUUCGCUAUCAGAGAGCUGCGAUCUUUCGUGAGCUAGGUCAGAAUGGCCGAGCUGCAGGCGAGUAUGAGAGAUUACUCAGAGAAAAUCCGCACAGUGCCAGAGCCUUGCGCCAUAUUGCAGAGACGUGCAUCGAUACCGGCGAGGUGCAAAAGGCAGCAGAUUAUUAUGCUCAAAGUAUUGAACACUACCUAAAACUCGAUCCUGACGAAACCGAGUUCACCUGGUCAGAUCUCAACAUCUAUGUCGAAUUGUUUGGCUACCUCAAUGAGCCUGAAGAAGGACUCAUCUCGCUGAAGACCCUUGCACGCUGGCUUGUACACCGCGGAGACGACACAACAUGGGACACCUGUGAAGACGACGACAGAGAAUGGGACGCUGAUGAUUCACCCCGGCGCAUCAAAACCGAUGGAUUUUUUCCGGGCCAGUGGCCUCGAGAGACCUAUGGGCUUGGUCUUCCAUUAGAGCUUCGGAUAAAAAUGGGCAUUUUCCGUCUGAAAAUGGGCGACAAGCAUCACAGCGAGGCACUGCAUCAUUUCGAAUGGCUCAACCCAGAUGACGAGUCCGAAGGUGCUCGGGUUUUCGACUAUGGUGAUCUGUUUCGAGAGGCGGCAGAUGCUCUGAAACAAGCCGGUCUGUUGGAUGAAGCACUUCGGUACUACUCACCCAUCCAGCUGACCGCUGAGCAUGCCGAUGUCAGCUUCUUCAUGGCCAUGGCUGAUUGCUGCAUGCAGCUAGGCAAGAUAGAAGAUGCUGAGAGCUAUUACCUUCUUGUCGCUGAGCACGAUCCUACCCAUAUGGAAUCGCGAGUCCUGCUAGCAAAACUCUAUGAGAGCCUUGGAAUGAGCGAACAGGCCCUGAAAUAUGUUAGUGAGGCGGUCCUUAUUGGUCGACAGGAAAGUCGCAACCGCCGAGGAAGAAAGGAUACGAGACUCGAGCAGCUUGCUCUGGAGUUUAGGAUGACUGAAAAAGAACCUCUUCGGGAACUGGCACCCAAGCCGACGCCAACAGCAACGCUUACAACUGCUGCUCCCACGGCCCCUGGCAAAACAACUAGGACUGAGGAUAUCCAAUACUUGUAUGCAAAGUUGUUGGAGUUGCAUCCCCAACUCCAACAAGGUGUUGUUAGCGCCACUGAAGACUGGCUUGAUAUCGCCGACGCUCUAUUGCGAGAGUUCCGGAGUAACCGAAUCUUCUAUCCGAUGGACCGCAGUAUCACCUUCAUGGGGUAUGUGACUGGUUCGAAACGCAAGACCACACAGACCAAGAAUGGAACAAUGAUGGAUGAAAUGCAACAAAUGGCUGGUCGUCUUCAUGAAUCUAUAGGAGAUGUCUCGGCGGAGCCCCUGCAGGGCGCCGUCCCCACUGACUACCACGGGAUACCCUUUGAUGAAUGGCUGGAUAUCUUCCUUCAGUAUGCUCUGAUUGUAGCAGAACAAGGUGAGAUAGAAGAAGCCUACGAGACCCUUGAUUCUGCAGCAGUUGCCAGUAUCUGGUUGCAUUCCAAGCCUAAAUCACGAUUGAUUCACGUUUGUUGGUUCACAUGCGCACUCCGGGCACAAGAUGAAGAGACCCUAGCGAAUGAAGCCCGCUGGUUCAUCAAAGAAUACCAGUUCGUCACCGACACAUAUCGGCUUUUCUCUAUGCUGAGCCACCUAUCUGGCGAUCCUCAUCGAUCUCUUUUCCAUUCCUCUGGGAACAUGAAGUUCAUGCUUCGCCAAAUCAAAGCGAUAGACUUUACAAUGCCAGUCGAUACCCCUCGCCCUAUUCGACACUCCGUCUGGAAAGAGCGCGCCACUUUGUCAACACGGGAUGAAGCCGGCGAGCCAAUCACCGCAAAAUCCUUGGACAUAGCUCUUCUUGUACUGUAUGGCCACAUGCUUUACUCCGGCAACAGUUUCUACCCAGCCCUCAACUAUUUCUUCCGAGCAUAUGCCUUGGACGACCAAAAUCCCGCGGUUCUCCUUUCCAUCGCACUCUCAUUCAUCCACCACUCGCUCAAACGACAAUCUGAUAAUCGCCACUACCUCAUCAUGCAAGGACUGUCCUUUAUGCAUGAAUACCGCCGGGUUCGGGAGAAGCCAGGCAGCCUUCUAGCUGAAAAGCAGGAGAUGGAGUUCAAUUUUGCUCGCGUCUAUCAUUCUCUGGGCCUGGCUCAUCUUGCUGUCGAUGGGUAUGAUCGUGUGUUGAAGCUGGGCGCGCAGAUUCAACAAGAGGCUAAGCAAAAGUCUCUUGAAGAACAGAAAUCUGCAGGGGAUGGAGAUGAUGUGGUCAUGGGUGAUGAUAGCAACCAGGAAACUCCGCCGCCCAGCCAAAGAUUCGUGGAGGAUUUCUCUCGCGAGGCCGCUUAUGCGCUGCAGUGUAUCCAUGUGCUGAGCGGCGAUGCUAAGAGCGCAAAGGCUGUUACGGAAGAAUGGCUUGUCAUUUGA